AUGGACAUCUUUACGCAGCUGCUCGAGAUGGACGACGAGGACGACCGCGAGUUCUCCAAGAGCAUCGUGUGGAACUACUUUGACCAGGCCGAGACGACGUUUGACGAGAUGGACGCUGCGCUCUCGUCACAGAACCUCGGCGAGCUAUCGACGCUCGGCCACUUUCUCAAGGGCUCCUCGGCGGCGGUGGGUGUGAUCAAGGUGCGCGACAGCUGCGAGCACAUGCAGCACUACGGCAAGUGCCACGGCGAAGACGGCAUGAGCGAGCUCACCAAGGACGAGGCACUCAAGAAGCUCACCAUCACGCUGCGCGACGUCAAGGUGCAGUACAAGGAGGCCGCCAAGGCGCUCAAGGCCUUCUAUGACGAAGAGGACGAGCAGGGAGACACACACGACGACGCACAAGCACAACCAGAGCCAGCAUCCGUCGACGAACCAACACAGCAGAAAGUCGACCCAGUUACAGAAGAAAAGGCAGAGUCCAGUCCAGCACAAGUGGCUGCCAAGGCGUCCAAGGCGGAAGACUCGUCUUGA